CCAAGCUUCACAUGUGUUUCAAUCAUGGCGGCCCUUCUGCGAUUCGGUGCUGCACGAGCUUGUAGAAUUUUAUCAGCAUAUGGUGUACGAAACACAGCGAUUUACCAACGAAACUCACCAUCCUUUUACAAGGAAAAUAUUCUGAAGGCAUGCCAUCCGUCCGUCUCUGGGUGUAGAUAUUGGUCGAACGACAUUUCAGCAAGCGCGGACCCCGGUGAAACUGUCGAAAAUUCUACAGAGGGUGAGAGUGCUGCCGAAGAUAGGAACAGAAGCCUUGGGUGGAAAGACAGACCUAGCUUAAAAAGAGGCGGGGAUUUUCAGUAUGAGAGGCAAGUCAGGCAGCUUGGAACACUUGUGAUGAAGCCGGUUUUGUUAAGGGUUUUCAAAGAGAUUCUUCACAGAGGUAGGCAGGCUAAUAUACACUGUAAGCUAAAGUGAGCUUACUGUUAUGUCAGUUGUAUGGAUACAGGUGUUUGUGGAUAAUCAUGUGAACCCAGCUUUUUUAUUGCAGUAAUUUCACUUGUUUUUAAUAAUAAUGUUAGAUUUAGCUUGGUAACCAUUCUGGAUACAACUGACAUAAUUUUACUAUUAUACAGUACAACUGUAAGUACUGUACGCGUAAGCUUACAUAACACCAAUUACAACAAAAUGUCAUUAUUGUUCAAAUAUUUUAUGUACAGUACAGUAUAAGUCCUAAUUACUACUGUAAAGAUGAAAAGAGCUAAGUUGAGCUUUUUUGAAUUGGAAUCAUAUGUGUAGAUUUGUAGGGAAUGACAAAAUAAUUUGUUUAACUUGUAACACUCUGUAUAGCGAUAAUGGUUCAGUUUAUGUACCUUAAGGAAAAAGAUUUGUCUGACAAAGCCAGCUGGACUGAUUUUUGUCAUAUAUCCCAAAGUUGGACCUAAGAUGGAUGCAAGGAAAAAUAAUAUCUUGAAACAAAACUGUGUAAUCUUUACCAAUAUUUCUCAUCAUUACAAAUGUAUUAUUUUGUUAGAGUUUCAUGUUUAAAUGGUAAGUUCUUCUAGCUAUCCAAAUUUUGAUAGUUUUAUGCUCUGGAAUCUACGAUUAAAUCAUCAUAAAGUUUUUACAGUGCCUGACAUGUGCACUGUUUGUUUGGAAGCCACCAUGCUGGGCUAGAAUUCCUUCUUUUGUUUAGUAUAUUUAAAUAAAUGGCAAAAUCAGCCACCUAUUUAUCAAUCAAGCUGCCCUCUUUGAAACUUACUGACAGCCGAAUGUUGGCAUCCUUCUUGUUUAUACUGACCAAGCUGUUGAAGCUUACAUGUAUAUGCUUCAUAGAGAGUAUAUUGUCUUAUUAGCUGACCAGUCUCCGGGGAAGAUUGUAGUGUAAUUGUUGGGUAUGACCUGCCUGCAUGUUGUUAACUGUAUUCUAAUUUUUGAGUACAUGUAAAUGUGCACAGGACAAAACUGAUUUGAUUCUAAAUCAUUUAUAUUUAUUUUAAAUUUUCAUUUGUGUGCAAUCUUAGCCCUUGUGAUAAUUACCAGUAUCAUCACUUUUUAGAGGGUGGAAUAUCAUCCUUACAAGCCUAUCAAGUUCUACGUAACUGUGGUUCAGAGUUGUUGUAUGAAAAACCAGAGUCAAGAGUGGAGCUAGCACAUCAUUUUUGGGAUCAGUUUAUGGAAAUAGGUGAGUACUCCAUCUUAAAAUGCACAUUGUUUAUACAUGAAAAAGUCAUUUAUAUGUACCUGUUAUAUGGAAGAACAUAGUUUUUCUUAUGCACAAAUACCAGUUUAAAGCUGAUGGGAUAAAGCAAUAGUCCUUGUAUCUCUGACUUUGAGCAUAAACAAGUUCAUUAUUUUAAGUUCAUUGUAGCACCAUACUUUGCCAUGCUGGUCUUGAAGAACACCAAAUGGCUCUCCAAGGCCCUCACAUUAAAGGGUGUGAUCUCAAAUCCAAGAGCUGGCUUCUGAAUAAUGCUUACAUGUUCAUGUAGGUUUUCCUAGACUCUUUUUUUGUGAAAAUUGUUUCUAAGAAUUUAGCUGUUCGUAUCUAGUUUUGCUCACAAAAAUGAAAAUGACAAAUCUAUAAAUUGUCUAUGUUAUUCAUUAUGUACAAUGUACAAGGGUACCAGACUCUUAUUACGUGGUUCUGGGACUCAUAGUUGUGGGCCUGGGACUCAUAGUUUUAUAGUUGUGUGAGUUCCAGGACUCACUAUCUAGCUGUUUUCUUGAUACAUCACUGUACAGUGUACAUGUAUAUUGAUACACCUGCAUCCAAUUUUGUUACACAGCUUUACAUUUUGGUUCUUCUACUUUUAGGUGUCAAACCAGAUGUCAUGCUCUACAACGCGCUCUUAUCUGUGUACAUUCAAAACAACCAUAACUUCAAUCCACUGGAAGUUUUGGAAAAAAUGGAGAAAAACACCAUCGAACCUAACAGAGUAUGGCAUGAAUAAUAAAUCUGUACACUUGUUGAUGGUUAAUUAUCUUUUAAAUACAUGUAAUAUUAGUACAGACCAACCUGUAUAUGUGUUGCUAAUUGACUACGUACCUAAUAUAGCUGGUUGAAUGUUCAACAAGGCUUACUUUUAACAAUACUAAGAGUUGAUCAAGAAAAUAAAGACGGUGACAAAUUAAAAUAUCCAUCACAAAACAAAUUGACCUCAAAGUGUUUCUACUUCUUUUGUGUCAAAAGAAAGGAAUAAGUACAGUAAAAGACCACUCAAUCUCAUGAAUAGUGUACUUGUACAUUUUUCUACAGCUGUACAUUAUUCAACCUAUGAUACAUUUUUAUUACAUCUUGACCAAGUCACUGUUAAAGAGAGGCUAAGACAAUGUUAUACAGUCAACUCUCUCUAAGAUGGACACCUUUGGGACCGCCACUAGCCGUCCGUCUUAGAGAGAUUUCCGUCUUAUAGAGAGUCAAAUAGAGGGAGGAAAGAAAGGCAGGGACCAACUCUAGGUGUCUGUUUUAAAGAGGUGUCCAUCUUAUAGAGGUGGCUGUUAAGAGAGUGUCGACUGUAUGAUUUUUUGAGACCUCUGAAAAGGUGACUGCAACCGCUUAAUGAAGUGACUGCUCCAUACAGACAAGUUUUACUGGUAAGGGAAAUGAUUCUGGCACUGCACUCUGAUACUGUAAGUGAUGACCACUAUACUAUACAUGACUGUACAUGAUGAUACAUUACUGUAUACAUAGGUUCAUUUAAUAUAGGCUUGAUGGCACAUUGUAGCUGGGUCAUUGUGAGAGUCACUUUUCUUUUUUUUACACAGACUACCUUACUGCUGCUUAUGCAAGGUUAUGCACAGAAAGGGGACAUUGCUGGAGCUUUGUAAGUGUUGCAGUCCAUAUUCUGCUCUGUACCAAACAGUAUUUAUAAAAAUCCUUAGACUUCUAGGGUUGCAUAUAGCAAAGGUUUUAAAAUAUAAUGUAGAUAGCAGGAAUUUUUUUUGCCAUACAUUAAAUUACUCUAAGAUCAUAUAAAAACAUUCUUUAUCAUGUGUUUAGGUUGCUUAUACACACAGGGCUGCAAAUAACGGCCAGUCAACGGACAAUGUCCAGCCUGAUCGCGGACUUGACCGGUCAAACUCCGCUCUUGCCGGUCAUUUUGACCGGUCAUUUUUGGAUACAAACACUUUAUUUUCCAUACAGUUGUCGCUUAAUGCUCUAUAACGCUGCAAUGAUUUCUUUUUUCUUUGGUGUUUUUUGCUGCUUUGCACUAAGACCUUCUAAGAAAAAGAACGCCGCAAUAAAUUAAUUUCAUGUCGUCAUGCCGUAAUCUAACGCAACAAAGUGAAUAACAAACUGAGUUGGAAAGUAACGCAACGUUGCAAGUCGUACUGUACUUUUGGCUUUGCUGUAAUCAGCAAUAUGACCUUCUUUGGGAAUUCGAAGGAAUUCAGGCAAAUCGAUCGCAAUUCUCAACAGGUCGUCCUGUGUUUCUCCCAGAAUAAAUAUUAGCGUAUCGAUUAAUAAUAAUUUCUUUUAUGUCGAACAUGAAUCUCGUUUACAGACUCGAUUCCAAAAUGGUCUGAUAAAAAUUUAAGCUAAGUUCUUGUAAACAACUUUAUGCAAAUUUCUGUUGACAUUUGCGCGAUGACCCAAAUUUAUUUAUUGACUUCUGAUCAUUAACACGCUGUUUGUGGAACAAACUUCUCGCCAAUGCAAAUCAACUUCUUUGCCGAAAAUAUCAGCGACGAUUCUUCUUUGAGGAAGUGACUUUCAAUCACGUGCCAGGCAAGGAAAAAGAUCAAGUUUUACCGAUGUUCAUUUCGCAACAUCAACGUAAAACAAGCGUGUGCAGAUUUUGUAAAAUAACCCAAUUUUUUUUUUGUUUCGUAAUUUCUAACGUUUGCUGAACUGUAUGUGUAUUCCGUUUCUUGAACCUUGGGAGUUUGAAAAGGAUUUACACUUCACUUUUUACCUCUAGAGACUUCAGACACCGCCGUGCAAUGAUACUCAAGGUAGAACGUAACAUUAAAACGAGCGAAAACCGCGGAAAGGAACUCGACAACAUGCGAAUGCAUUUUUCACCAAUUUGCUGUCAAAAAUGUGAACGUCAAUGUAGUAAUAACGAUCUAUUGCCAGCAUAAUUGGAUAUUCCUUAGGCAAAAAAAAUAUUAGUAUUCAUUAUUUGACCGGCCAGAAUCGGGGUUUGUCCGGGCUAAAAAAUAUUUGGCCGGUCAUCAUGACCGGCGACCUGCUGUCCGUUAUUUGCAGCCCUGUACACAUGCUGUGUGUUAGGCACUUUCAAUAUAUUUUCAUGUAUUUCCUUGCCUGGUGGUGCUUUCCAUGAACCAUAACUAUCAAGACAGACCAGUCAUUUUGAAAAUGACGUGUUAGUGUUUUACCAAAAUUUAAACUCAAACCCAUCAGUGCACUUAUUGUUGUAAAAGUUAAUUUUCAGUUUUGUUUGUUUUGCUCAUUUGUUUUGUAAACUGAGUCACAAAAUUAUAAUAUGAAAUUUACCGGAUGGUAAAGGCAGUUAAUGGAACAUGAUGUCCCAGGGGUGUAGGCUGAGGUAGCCUGCCCUGAUGUAUGCACGCUUGUAUCCUUAGAGCCUUAUUCAAAACUGAAAACAUGCUACUCUUUAAGCUGCAAACAAAAGCUGUUCAUGGCUGUAACCUUACUAAUUUGUGGAAUGUUUGUCAUCGUACACAUGUACAUGUUUUAUCAUCGCACAGAUGGGUCUCUGUUUUCAAGGCCCUAUUCAUGACUAGACUGUUACCAUGAUAAGACUAGGUAGCUUAUGGUACAACUGUAUCUAUUAAUCAGAAUGUAAGACACUGUCUUGCUAUAAUCGUUCUGCUAUGCCACACCUGGUCUUUUUUCAGGUAGCUCCCACAAAAGCAAACAGUUACAAUUAUUUUGUUACCUGCUCUUCCUCCCUUUGGAGGAGUUAUGUUGUGCUAUGUAUAUCAAUAAAAGUUUGACAGGUCACUCCUUAUGGUACGGUUAAGUCUGCAUUGUGACUUUCCCCAAGCUUUUGCUGGCAUUGCUUGUGCCUUUCCAUCUAUUUCUUUGCCUUAAUCUUGUCCGAUCCAACCCAUGCAGCACUGGCUAAUACUCCUGCAUGUCCUACCCCGUGGUAGUGGGGUGAUAAGUGAGGCUUGUGUAUUGUUGUGUGCAUAACCUGAAGUCGCUAUUACGUGCCACAGGAUUGUGCCCCCCCCCUUUCCCCUUAUAGCACCAUUUUGUAAUUAUUUUCUUAUUUAGCUUGUGGGCAUUAUUUAUUAGUUGUGUGACUUUUUCAUGUGAAUUUUAAGAGGAAUAGUGACAUUAAGCACCACAAAAUUGAAAAUAAAGUUAUUAUUGAGCUGACUCUUAACAAGCUUUCAGGAAAUCUGCAAAAAAAUUAAAAUAAAAACUUAGUCGUGAUAAGUUUUUGUGUGUACCACUUAGUGCUUGUAUGUAGUAGCUAAAGAAAACUGUGUUCAUUUCAAUUUCUGGUUAUUUUUUAUAGUAAAGUGCUGGAGUUUAUUAAAGCUGCUCAAAUGCCUCUGACUGAGCAGGUGUUUGCAGCACUCAUCACAGCUUAUGGAUUUAAUGGGUAAGUACUAUUUAAAAUGGCCCCUUAAUAAUAAUUAAAAUAAUACACUUACUACAUGUAAGUUAUGAUACUUUUAAGCAAACUAAUAAUAACAAUAAUAAUAAUUAUGAUAAUGAUGAAAGUAGGUGAAUGGUAAAGGCGCACAUGCAUCAAAGGCCCAAACAGCAGGAGCUUAUCCUUGUUUCCUUAGUACGAAGCAUGCCUAGGAGUAUUGCUACUCCCCCCUGGAUGGGAUGUUAGCUAGUCCAUUGCUGGGUUACACUCCAGCAGUAUGUCAGUGUUAUGCAUCUAAUACACCUGGGUGAAGAGAGACAAAGUGGAUUAAAGUUCCUUGUCUAAGGAAACAAUGUGAUGGACGAGGCUUGAAUCUUGGACCUUCAGAUUCAGAGUUCAAGGUGUUAACUGUUGGGCCACACACUCCUCCAAUAAGUUAAUGAUAUUAAUAAGGAAAAUAAUACAUAAAUUAUAGAAUUCAUGAUCCAUCACCUUAGUUUACUUGUACUUUUUGCACAGUAAAAAUGGUCUAUAUUCCGAUGUUCUCAGGUUUUUUUGGUUUCUAUGUGUAUCUUUUUGAUGAGUUAAAGCUUUGUUAUUAGAUACAUGUAAUAGUUACAGUGACAUGAAAUAUACAUCUGUUUACAGCGAUCGUGAAAGUGCAAGGGGUGUAUUUGAUCUCAUGAGGUAAGCUCAAGUGGCAUCAGCUGCAUAGACAGUACAGUAUAGAUUGGUGUUCUGGAUUAUCUGGGUAAUAAUCUCAUUAUAAGUAGCAGUUAAUCAGUUUGAAGUUUCAAGGUGUGUAAUUUCAAAAUUUUACUUGUUAUUUGGAUUCUCAAUUUGCGAGACCAUUUACCCCUGAUGAGUCCAGAUACCUGUACAGCUGUAAUUAAUUAGUUCCUCAAUACUCUAUUCUUUCGCCCCUUCCCACAUUUCAUGGCCACAGGACUAAAGGAUGUGUGCCAUAAACUUAGCACAGGAACCCAGUGUCUGCUUUUCUCCCUGUGAUACCCAUAUUGCAGACUUGCAUUGUACUCGAUCGCUUACACUAGCCUAUAAACCCAGCUAGCCCUCCGUGUUUUUGACAGCACUCAGUCCUGGACAACACUUGGCUACUCCCCUCUCUUUCUCUCAUACAAUUUGCAUCCUACAUGCUGUAUUGAAUUGCACACAUGACAUUAAGUGAGAAAGGAAAUGAAACACGUGUCUGAUCUCUACAGGGAAAAUGGAUUGGAACCAGACUUGGACAGCUACACUGCUCUGUUGGCUAUGUAUGGUGAAGCAGGAGACAUGGAGUCCAUUAUGAAGGUGAGCUCACUCAGUUCACAUACAUGUACAUGCAAAAUCAACUGGGAGCCAUUCCAAGCCAUGCAACCAUGCAGCCCGACCUUUAUUGUAUCAACACCACAAUUCACUAGACUGUGUUACAGCACAAAAAGAAAGCUGCUGUAAUAAAACAACUAACAUGAAACUGAGCCUAUCUAGUACGUACAUGUAUUAAAGAUAAAAGAAUAGCCAGAACUAAGGCACUACUUGAAAUCCUACAACAAUCCAGAAAACACCGGAAGUGUGUGUUUGUACACAGUUAUGUGAAUUUUUUCCCUGCAACACCUGUCUUCCUGUUUGGUUUAGCUUUCAUAUAUACAUGUAUUGAGCUGUGUAAUAGUCCAACAUUGGUAUCGUAAGGUGGCUCAAUGAGUUCUUUUAGGUUCAAUACCUCUGGUGUUUGAGCAUUAAGCCACAUCUCAAUUAACAAAGAUUUAGAAAACUAACUACCGCAGCUGUAUAAUAGUGUUAAUGAUCAAAAUGAAUUUGUUAUAUAAGCUGGUUACAAUGACAUCGGAGUUGUCAUAGCAAUGAAAUGAGGCCAUUACCUAUCAAGCCACCUUUAAUAACAUUAUUCAUGGUUGCAUUUAAUUACUACAUUUGUAGUAAUUUCAUCAUUUAAGAGCAAAAUAUUUAUCCAUUUUUCUUGUUCAUAUAAUUUCCUUGUGCUGCAGACAGUGAAUGAGAUGCAAGAGAAGCGAGUCUACCCAAACAGGAAAGUGUUUUUAUCAGUACUGGAUUCCCUUUCAAAACGUGGACACCUUGGACCAAUAAGAGAUGUAUGAGUAACUUAAUAGUAACUCUUUUUUGUGGUAUUAUGCAAUGUACACAGCUUUUGAAUUUGACUUGAUUUUCUUCCAGCUUCUUCAAACACCCAUUGUCAGGACUCUAGUGGAAGGAGGUAAUUAUUAUCAUUAAGUUCAGUUUAUUUCAAAGUGUACACUAUUAUUAAUUAAUUAUUAUUUUAAUCAUACAAAAUGUAUGUUAUUGUUUCAACUAAUAUACAUGUACAUGUAACAAUAAUAAUAAUAAUAAUAUGUAUUUUUCUAUUUUGUGCACUGGCCUUGUAUUUUAGUCUGCUGUUUUGUACUAAGUCUAUAAUAAUCACAGUGAAAUUUCAUUUGAAAAUUAAUUUAUUUUCUAGAGCAUGAUAUUAUUAUUUUGUGUAGAAAUUAGAAUGACCAGACUUUAGACAUUAGCUACAUUGUAUGGCACUUGAAGCCAUGUUACGCACAAGGAUGUACAUGUUGUUUUUCUGCCAUUUGACAGAUUUAAAAGAUCUCAUGCUAGCUGUGGCUACUCGUGGUGAGAUCAACAGUGCAUUUAUUUUCUUGGGACAUAUGGCAGAGACAGGUGGAAGCAGGAGAACACCUUUAAAGCCAGAGUUUGCUUUACUUAAACAAGUUAUUUUAUCAGGCCAGGUUGGUGAAGAAAAUUAGCCUUUAAUUAACUUGCUUGAAUUAUAUCUGACAUUACACAUGUACAUCUAUAUUUUGUUCUGCAUACUCUUUAACUCCUCUAGCUUCUUUGUGAACUGUGAGGGGAAUCAAACUGUUUGUUUCUGUUGUUGUUUAAUUUAUGGGAAGAAUUGUUGCAAAGUUUACAAGUUCAUGGAAUAGCCCUUUUGAACUUACAUGUAUGCUCUUGUGGAGUAAGUUUCAGAAGCACCUUCUGAACUUCACAGAAAUCAAUACUUUUCUGACAAGAGUAUGUGUACAUGCAGUGGCCGGUGUUCUACUAUUUUUCUUGUAAACUAAGAACUUCUGCCUACCAAAAAGCAUCCUCCAUGAAUUUUGAUGAAUCCUCUGCUUUGUUUCUCCCUAGUCAUUUUUAAUUAGAGGGUUUUUGUGUUUGCAUUUUUCCUGUAGCCAAUAGAUAUUAUUCUUGUUACAAUUCAUGAACUGGAGAAGUUGGGAGCUUUUAGAAAUGUGUAUGAGGAUGCUUUGGAUCUAACCUUUGACAAGAAAAAUCCAGGUACAUGUAACUUUGUUUGUACAUCCCCUUUCUUUAAUAUAAAGGUAAAUAACCUUUAUUUUUGUAAUCCGCUUUCUGUCUGUCUGCCUGCUCUGUUUUUUUGUUUUUGUUCCAUAACUAAAGUGUACUGUAUGAACAAUAACGUAGUAAUAACAAUAUUAAUUAUAAAGAAAAAAUAAAAAGAAAUAGAAGAAAAAUAGAAGAAAAAUACAACCAAAAGAAAUCCUUAGCUGUUUGAUUUCCCACUUACUUGUUGUAUUUACCCAGCGACGUGAAAUCUUAGAGACAGCCCUCUGACAAUCACUUCUUCAUUUUUUACCUUUGACAAAGUACAAAAAUGUGUAUCGCAUUUUUCGUUUGCAUAAAUUUAUUAGAGAAUAGUCGUGCUAUCUACAUGCAUAAAUGAAGAUUUUGAUUUUUGGCUUUCAAUUUUGAUUUCAGACAUCACUCUUGCUGUUUUACAAGAGAUGCUACAAAAGGUUGGCUUAUUUUUAAUAGUUGCACUUGUUUGACUUAAAUAAUGACAGAGGUGUACGGUGUACCCUAAGGUUUUGUUUGUGUUGUGUUUAUUUUUAUCAAGACUUGCAGAAAACAUUAUGUCACUGUGUCAUGUCACUUGCAAAGUUUUAUUUCAGAGAGUAAAUAAUAAAUAGAGCGACUUUCGUAUGACGUUGAAAAAUGGUUUCAGUAAGUGUUCGUUAUUUGUUUUAUCAGCUAAUGGAUGAAAAGAUCAAGGAAAACCCUUAUGGUUAUGGAGAAGGCGUUGUUUGAUUGGCCAAUCGUGUUGCAGUGUGAUGUCAAAGCGACUCUAUAAAGUUCUCGGGCAUGAAGUUUUUUCACCCAAGCGUUCGCUUAACCAUUCAAACUGAGCCACGCGCGUUUGUAUCCGUUCGAUAAACCAACCAAAUCGCUCUAUUUCCGUUCGUUUGUUGUGUUGUUCGCGCGUUUUCAUUUCAAAGUCAUACAAAAGUCGCUCUAUUGUAACUCAUUCUUUGUGCACUGUUAAUAUUGUUUCUCUUUGAUGCUACAGAAACUACGAGUGCGAACACAUUACUUUUACCCGCUCUUAGCCAUGUAUGCCAAUAAUGAAAAUGCCAAAGGUAUGAUAAUUAUGAUUUACACUAAAGUAAUUUUAAAUUGUCUUAAGAAUGUCAAUAUUAAUAUUGCAUGAACAAAUCAUUUUUAAUUGCAGGUGCACAGGAAUUAGUAAAUUUGAUGGGAGACAAUGGCUUUGAGAUGGAUGGCACUACGUAUGUAUUAACAAUACUUUACCGCUUUACCAGGGUUUUUGUUUCCUAUCAGAGCACUACACUGUUCCUGCAACUGUAAAGCGUACAAUGAGUAGGUCUAGAAAAUAUCAAAAUCCCUUCACCUCCCCGCUAGAAAUUCCAGUAAAGUUAAAUGCGCUCCUUUGAAUUGUUUUUCCCGUCUUUGAGAACCAUACCCCUUCUGCUUUUUGUCUCUACUCCUUUCUUGGCAAGUGAUCAGGUAUGAUCGGACAGAUGAUUUUACACUUUUUCUGGGUUCUUGGAUUUAGUUUAAUGGAAAAUGUAACAAAGUUAUUCGCCAUAAGCUCAGCAGUCUCUACCACUCAGCAGUCAAACUCAAAAGUGUAAGCAUAUGUGUUAUGUUGAUGUGUCGUUAUAAGCAGGAUUGUGGAGUUUUUUUUUUUUUUUAUAGCAACUGUGUUGGCGCAGUUUGAAGCGAUUGCUUUUCCUUCCACCUAUCCAUAUCAGUGUGAUGGGUGCCUGAAAUGGCGGCUCAUGGCCAUGUUGCAGGGAUUUGCCAGCCAUGGGAGUUGAUUCUAUCUAGGAUACGGGUAGAUACCCCAGGCACUCUCCUUCCAUUUAACAAGCUAAGGCAGCUAACUUACGAGGGAAUCAUUUUCUUUUCUUUUUUUCCGUUUCUAGCUUGAGGUACCUGGUGAAAUCCUAUGGCAAUCCAGAUGCCGAUGACGUGGAGUCCUUUAUAAAUCUUUCUCAGGUGCUAACACUUUUUACCCUUCGGAAAAAUGAGAACGACACUCAGUCAUAGUAAUUCUCAGGUUUUGCCUGCAUGUUGUUGCAAAACAUUUGAAGAGACAGAGUGGUACGGCACAGGGUUUCAUUCUGUUCAGCCAAAAUAGUUUUUUCAGCGUGCACAUGCGCUUGAUACAUGCAAAGCGUAAUGUCCAUUCAAUACACGUCCGAAAGAUUUGGACUAUUAACCUGUUGUCCCUCAGCAUUGCAUGGAAGCCAAGUGCAGGGUUAUUACCAAAUAUUGACGAAUGACCAGAUUUACAAUGAUCUUCUAAAUAUUAUAAAUUACCUCACUAACAAUUAUCAUUAAAAUGUACACUUUUCCUCUUUUGCAAAUAAAUUGACCUCCAUUAUUGUCCAAUUUGGAGAAGUGUAAUUAUAAUGUUUUUUUGUUGUAGGAUGUUCCUGUGUCUAAGUACAUGCUGACAACAAUGGCUUCAUUAGUCAUGACUACAGGGCAGCUAGAUAAACUGCAGAAAACUGGUAAGCACAAUAGCUUAGACCAAGAUUAACCCAUUCUCCACUGGGAAUUUUGGCGAAAAACUUUUGGAAGCUAGUCGAACCGUUUUCUGGUCACUGUCUGGCUAUAGUGAGCCAAAACUGCCCAAAAAGCUGUUUAUUAAAGGUCGAUUAUUUCGCAGCCUUCUGUUCCAAAUGCAAAAUAUUUGCUUCUGAAGUUCGGCCAUGUUCAGAAAUUAACAGUUGUAGGUGGGUUUGGGGUUUUUGAUACAGUAUUCUAGACUUUUCUUUUCCUUUUUCUCUCCUUCCCGUGAACAAGAUAGGGUUAACCGAGAGCCUUAUACUUCAAAGCGGAGGUCUUAGAUUUCCCUGUAAUGACCGAACGGACGAGAUUAAUAUUAAUUUUAUUGAUUAUAUAUAUGGCCUUUUUGGCCAAAAGAAUGCAAUAAAGUAAUUCUCAACAUUCGCUUGCGUGUGAAAGAGGCCAUUCGAAACCUGGCGAUGCGAUCGAAACCAUUCUUUGACAAUGAGACAAUUUUUGUCGUUAUUGCCUCAAGAUAUAGGGCAAAUUUAACCAAUACUCGGUCAUUACGGAAAAUUUUGCCCGCUGAGCAGCCAAUCAGAGCGUGUGUACUAUUGUAGCCUUACAAUAAACACAGUUUAACAGUUUAAUACCCUGAUUGUCUUUCUAGUCGAGUAUGCUAAACAGGAAGGAAUUAAUCUCUUGUGCAUAUCUGAUGCUUUUGGACAGUAUCUUGCAAAAAAGUGAGCGAACCUUUACGAGAUAUACAGCUAUUUCGAGAAAGGUUGUCGGAAAAAAUGUGCAUGCGACAAUCCCGAAAGGUAAUAUGGGAUAUGAUCAAUAACCUGUUCCUGACACUGUAGCUGUCGAACCUAUUAUUAAAAACAUAUGUCCAUGGCCUGUCGUGCCGUUCUUGCAAAUUUCUUUGAAGAACAGUGAACUCAAAACCACCCUCAAUACCUUUUGGCAUUGUCGCGCGCACUUUUUCCGACAACCUUUCUCGAAAUAGCUGUAUAUUAUAACUAGGUGUGAGUACAGUUUAACCCUUCUAGCAGGUAGUUUUACAAUUGCCAUAAAUAAUUUGCUUGAAGGUACAUAUCCUCAUUUCUAAUGACAUACACACGUAUCCGGUAUUUCAAAAUUCCCAAUUUUUUCUGUGCGGAGAUCGGCUUCCGUCCACACGUAUCCGGUGUAUCCGGCAUACGAGUCCGCAACUUUUUAAAUCCGCUCUCCUCCUGGACUUGCGUUUCUUAUAACGUGUGUGCAGUUAAACCUACAUUGUUAAGCUUCUUUCCAUGUCGGACGGUGAAAUUGGGCGCCGUAAACGAGCAUAAUAGUGCUUGGUCAGGUGGGACAAUUUUGUCAGUGAAACAGUUACUGAAGAACGUUGGCGAUAAAAUUUUCUCAUGAGCCGAAGGUCGCUUUACAAAUUAGCUGACGAAGUGAGAGUGCAUUCGUCAGGGUGGACGGACAAAUACGAUUUGAAUACGGAUACGUGUGGACGUGAUUAAAAAAUAUCCGGAUACGUGUUGACAGGGCCUAAAUUUGCAAACAUGAUUCCCUGUAAAAUAGAAGCAGGGCGUUAAUCUUUGAUUUUGUUUCAUAGUGUCCCCAAUAGGUUUUUCGGGAUGCGGGAUUUCCCUUAUUUGAAGCUCGGGAUGCGGAAUUUUAAAGCAAAAUCGGCAAGAUUCGGGAUUGAAAGUAUGCGUACGAGUUAGAAUGCCCGAAAUAACCCUCGGGAUUACGGGAUUGCACGAAUUUUGGGUCGGGAUUAGUGGAUUGAAGAACCCUAUUGGGGACCUUCGUUUCAGGCGUAUUUAUGUGCCAAGUAGGUUGUACAAAUCUGUUUUUAUUUUCUCCCAUUACUCAGUUCAAAUGUUCAGGUACAUGCAGUGUAUAUAAGCGGUAUCAUUUUCUCGGAAUUGAAAUAAUUAUAAGAAAUUUUUAUCGAAUCUUUUUCAACCGUUAUGGGUUGGUCAUUCUGCUACGAGGAUCAUGUUCACUUUCAUAUCUUUAUCCGCGGUUCAAAAUAUGGUUGAUUUCAUAUAUUUAAAUACAUGUCAUUUCCACUAUGAUCGGGUAUAUUACGAACUCACAAUGGCGUGCUCUCCAGUUGGUUUGAUUACCUCAGUGGAUAGAGCGUUGCGUCUUGUCAUCGCAAAAGUCAGGCCCGAUUCGUUUCCUGGUAAAGCCUGGAUUUUUUAGGGUUUUUUUAACCGCUUAAGGUUGCUGAUUCUACUGUGAGGAUCAUGAUCACUUUCAUAACAUUAUUUUUGUUGUUUUUGUUAGGAAUUUUGACCCCCGAAAUGCAGUGCAGGUAAGAAAACAAUUCAGAAAUGCAAACUAGUACUUAACAGGGUUGGUCAAAACCGUAUAAUUAACAAUUUAUUCCAUGAGUGCGCGUUGGAUAUGAGUUGGCUAUAACCAUCACAUAUUCAUCAAGCGCGAGUGGAAUAAUGUUUUAUUAAAAACGCCCUCGAAAUAUCGAGAAUUCUUCCCGACUUUAUUUGUAAAAACAACCGAUUUUCAGCUUGAGGGGAGGGACAGUUUUUUUUCAAUAUUGUGUUUCUUAUUCUUGCAGAUUGUUAAGCUUCUCGACAGUCUUGACGCAACUCUGGGAUUGAGUAAGUCAAACGCAGAUUGUUGAUAAUAAAGCCAAUCUCUAAAAAUGCUGCCAUGGUUAUUUAUUUUUUAUAUUUUUUGUUUAUUGGCUUUUGAGAACCUCGCACAGUGAAUUUUGGUUUUGGAACGUUCCGGCAAAAGCGAGAAAAAGUAAUGCCUCGGAAAUUUCGGUUGCUUUUUUUUCUGAAAAAUGUGUUCGCUUUGUUUUCUGAAAGAUUUCUAACGGAAUGAACUGUUCAAUCUGAAAUAUAACCGGAAAUUAUUGGUUUUUCUAUAAAUUAAUAAUAAAUAAUAAAUAACCGCUCCAGGAAUACCUUUUCCGGUUGACCCGGGAAAUUUUGGCCGCUGAAACUUUCCACUGGAUAAACCAGAAAACAAGUGUUCCAUUAGCCUCGCACACAGACGUACUUAGGAAUUCCUCCCCGACUCCCACGAACGUCUACUAACGGCGGAGUUGGCUGCUCUCUUCAGCGGACGUUUGUGAGCAAAAAUGCGUGACGAAGCGCUAAGAACGUCCGCGUGGGAGCGAGACUAGUGUGCCAUUUGCAUUCUAAGCAGAAUUUCGGGUUAAACGGAGAGCGCAAAACGAGACACCGUGAGAGGCUCUGAUAGCAGUGGAUGUACGACUAUAGGGGAGUGGUUGGGGGAGGGGAGGGGGCAUUUUUUUAUGCGGCUUAUUAUGGGGAACGUAAGUUUCUGUUUUCUUUCUAAACUUGUCGAAGCCUAUAUCGCCAGGAAAACUCUCCUACAAUUGACAUUUUAACCGAGUUGGGCAAAUCGCCUUUACUUUCCCCAGGUAAUGUUAUUGUCAAAGCAUGCGAAAAAUGCAGCCAAAGAGAAACCACUACAAGAGUAGAAUUUGUUACCCUUCUUCUUAAGGAGGUAAGUUUCCUGUGGUCAACAUCAUGCAAGUACUCUCUUUCAAAAAUGUUGCUUUAAACCAGUGCACUAUCUUAGAGUGCAUUUUAUGCCUUCAUCCAUAAUUUCUUAAGAUUCUGUCAAUUGUUUAUUAUUUAUUUGCAGGGUUUGAAUCAUUUGCUGGAGUCUCGCACAUUCACAUUUGUUAUGUCAAGUUUAACACAGAAUAAAAUGACGACUGAGUUUUAUGAAGUAAGUACGUAGUACAACUAGAUCUGAAAAGAAUUUCCUUCUACAACAUGGUUAGCCAUGGAGGCCUUUAAAGUUUGAAGUUUGUGGAUAAAACCGCCGUUGAGAUUAAGACAGUAAUAUUUAUGCAAGGAAAAAUAGGGUUACCGGUCGUUUCGAUACAAGUUUAUUCAGUCUAGGUGAAAAUAGUUUCACGUCAUUGUCCUAAAAGAUGAAGAAUAUUCACUCAAAAUGUUUUUUCUUGUUCACGCUUGAAGUGAACGAAAUUUUUGUGCAAUUUCGCAUCUUGAAGUUCGUAUCGAAACGACCGGUUUCGAAAAGUAGACGCGUCUUACGUAGACGCCUAGACGCGAACUGUUCCAUUUAUAUACACGAGCAUAAGAUGCGUCUUAGCGUAAUCGUGUCUUUGUUAAAAAAGACAGUCAGUUUCAUAUGCCAUUUAAGGUGGGAACACUCUUGGUGACAAGUCGUAGCAACACGUCGCGGCGACACCUUGAUAAACUGCUUUGUACGGACGGGAGAAUUUUUGUGCAAAUCUUUGUCUCCGCGACAUGAUUUGUCUUCGCGACAAGUAGCAUGGACACAUUUAAAAUGAUCUGAUUUUCUGCGACGUCUUGAGGGGACAAAUCCUGCCGUGGAGGCAAAGAGUUGCACAAGAAUUCUCCCGUACACACGAAGCGAUUUGUCGCUCCGACGUGUGGACUUAUUACUCGACCUGUACACAGAAAGUGAUUUAUCGCCGUGACUUGUUGCAGCGACAUGUCGCCUAGUGUCCCGACCUUUAUUUGGGAGGUUCACGUUUUAUUUUUCCCGUAUAGAUGACACUACUAUCUUCUCUUAUAGUGAUUUUUGAAUUGUGUCUUUUUCCUUCUCCCUUUUCUUAGUUUGUACGCGUUAUGAAGGAAUCCAAGGUGACAUUAGAUGAGCACCAUUACAGACAGUUAAUUAAGGUAGGUCAUUUUUCAUUUUUAUUAUUAUUUUUUGUAGUACUGUACAGGUAGCCUAAGAAAACAGCCGACAUUUCGCGACGCCACCAACGGUUUCCCCUCGAGUGACGUCCGAAGAACGAGCGCAGAAAUUCUAUACUAAUAAUCUGUCACUACCCUGAUCGGGUUAACGCUUCUGAUUGGUUGAAAAUUUGCUUCAACCAAUCAGAGGCACUACCCAGAUCUGGGUAGUGACACGUCAUUAGUAUGGAAUUUCUGCGCUCGUUUCUCAGACGUCACUUCGAGAAACCAGUGGUGGUGUCGCCAAAUGUCGGCUGUUUUCUUAGGCUAGUUAUUUCUUUGUCACCCUGCUGUAGCUGCAAGUAUUAUUUGAAAAUUGUUGAAUUUAAGAUAAAAUUCUCUGAUUUUGUUUUUCUUUACUUUGCUGCAGAUGAUGGCAUUUGAUGGAAAGGCAGAAGCUGCCCAGUUUUGUUUUGAAAAGGCGGCGGUAAGAUGUUAAUUGUUAUGUACCCUUUCGGCUCCUCUUACUUUUUAAUGUUACUAAAUAUUGCUGGCUUCAGUAUUUUUACAUGUUUGGGCAACACUGUGUGAACCUUUAAUCAGUCUUACUGACUGAUGAAAUGGAUGUAUGAAGGCGUUUAUUAUUCAGUCAAUUCCAAGAGUGCCCAUCCCCCACCCCCUCCCCCAAUUUUUUGUGCAUUUGUCCUCUUUUCUUUGGGAUAGCCCUCUUCGGGGCGAGGAAAUUUGUUCAAAAACCUCCCCGCAGCUAAAAACUGCGAUCCAACGGACAAGUAAAAAGUUAUUUUUCCUUGCCAGCCUAAAGCUUAAAAUCGCAAUUAAACGCACUGAAUAAAUGAUGAAGAUAGUUUUCUUCGAUUUUUCGAUGGACCCCGGCGAAGAACGUCGUCACAGUCCAAAUUCAACUUCCUGACAGUUUUUUUGUGAGAAGUUCUUGCAAAGAUGGACAGGCCCCCAUUGCUUUUGUCUCCUCUUUAGAUUCCUCUUCUUCUCUAGAAUAGUAUAGAGUGUUUACAAGCCUGUUUACGCUUUCCGCUAGUCAGUGUUGAUAAAAAACGCCUUAAUAUUUUAAUAAAACCUCAAUCAUCCUUAAUCAUCCUUUAAGGAGUUUGUGCUUGGGUACUCUUUGUGUGCCAUUUUAGAUUUCUUUUUGUGCUUACUUGCUUAUAACCAUUACGCAUGAUGUCAACGUCCGUGUAAGUCCGACAAUUAUGCCUGGGAUUGUAGAGCCCUGUAGCUGAGGUCUUGAACGCCUGUUAGAUCUGUUGUCUCUCUACCGCACAAGCAACCCAACCAACUUCAGAUUAUAUGGUGUUAUUCCGAUGCGUUUUUGUGCAAUAUGGCAUUCCAAGCUGAAUUAUUAGGUUCUUAUUAUCAUAUCCGCAAAUUGCAUGCAUUAGUAUCUUGAAACUGAUUUUUGAUUUGUUUUGUUGUCUUAGAAAUUAGCUGAACCAACAGACCUGAUGUACAGUUACUUAUUACUGUCAUAUGCUCACUGCUCAGAAGGGGGAAUAUAUGCUCGUGUACCGAAAGACAGGGUAAAUAAUGCGCAUUAUUAUUCUUUUCAAAUUUUUCUCCCUUUCAUUGGCCGAGAGCCCAUCACGUGAUCUGCAAAUAACUGCCUACAAAUAAUGGUCUGCUGAUGCGUAAUGUCGGCCAACUUUGUUUGUCUGCAAAUAAUAUUCUGCCCAUGCAAAAAUGAAACCACGUCUUUCUCCUUCUUGCAAUCACUCUUGCGUGAAAAUGGCAGAUCUUCGCUUCCCGAAGAUAUUCCUUUGAAAAACAAACUCGAUGAACGAAUGAUAAAACAAUUGUUGAACUCGGUCAUUGCAAAAUAUCGUGUUUUUUCAGUGUCUUGCAGAUCAAUUAAUUACCUCCGCCUUCGGCUUCGGCAAAUAAUUGAUCUACUCGCCACUGACAAAUCACGAUAUUUUGCUCAGCUUCGUCUAAUAAUUGUUAACUGACUGUCACCUGUUGAUUACAUCUCUUAGACGACGUUUACACCGCACGAAUUGUCGAAACUCGUGCGUUUACACGGGACCACGCUAAGCGGUGGAAAGUUUGGUUGCCCAGCCGUUCAAAAUUUUGACCGCUAAAAUAGAGGUCAAUUUUUUUAGCCGAAACGGUCAAAAAUUUGACUGGCGUGGGGUGAGCACCAUGACCGUCUAAAUGUUUAUACGGGAAUUCGUCUGGUAUCGUUUGAAUUUAGCCUUAGUUAGUUCAAGAUUCUUCUAAUUAUUGUGUGUUUUUGCACUCAAGUUCCUGUGUUGAGGGUAAUAUGGCAAAGAAGGCAGUGUGGCCGAGCGGUUUGAGCGCUGGACUUGUAAUCCGGAGGCCUUGAGUUCAAGUCCUGCUCUGACCGCUGUUCACUGUAGUCCCGAGUUCAGAUCCUCGGCCACACUUUUAAAUAGCUAUCUUGUUUGCCUCUGGCCAGUUGGGUUUCUUAACCUUCUUAUGUUCAUUAAAUUAUAUGAUUCUGUUCUUACCUGUGGGCCACAAUCACAACGAUUGAGUUGUUAGUAGUUGUGUUACCCUAUAAAGUCGAUGUUUUAGUCAGUCAGUCAAUAUAAAGCAAGUCAAGGAAUCGGUUUGGGUCCAGUCCAUAGGUUUAGUCUAGUUGUGCGUCUGGUUUGGUGUAAGUCUUGUUCUAUCUAGUUUAGGUUAAAGCAUAGGUUAAGUUUAAAUUAUCUACUCGAGUUAAUGUAGUUCUACGUAUAGUUCUGACAAACCAGUGAAGUAGUAAAAUGCAAAGUGUUUAUAUUGACAGAGAGAUCGUAUACUUCUCGACGUCUUCUAUAUGAGGAUAAAUUUAUAAUAGUUUAUAUAAAUAAUUGCAACUUUCUUUUUCUUUAUACACAGAACAUGAAAAGAAUUUGUCAAUUGUACAAUGAGAUGUGGUCAAGAGGUCUGAGGUAAAUUCCAGGUUUUUAGUUUGUUAGAUAAAUUUCGUUUUCUUUGGUGUAAGUCUCAUUAUUAUACAUUAUCAUACCCCAAAGCAAAAAAAAAAAAUAGAAUAAAAUUUAUACCAAGAAUGAAAUUGAACCACAACGUAUGUGCUGUAGGUAAAAUCCUUUUUCAGCGUAAACCAGAGUUUCCUUUAUCUCGCACAUGUAUGAACAAUUAGGUUUGGGCGGAAAGAAAGAAAAUUCUGAAUCAACCUGAAGGGAUGAAGAGUGGUUUAACCUGAGAGUGCAUUUUACCAGCGACGUAAACACUCCCCAAAUAAGCAGAUUUGAUGAGUUGACGUCCCUUAAAAGUACAGUGCGAACUUAGGCCUGGUUCAAACGUCGAACUUUUCAUGAGGUGAACCAAACUGAGUGAGUUUAGUUCAUGAAAAGUUCGACGUCUGGCUCAGUUAAGUUCGUCUGAAUGAGUUUGGAUCGUCCAACACGUUCUAUCUGUCUGUUUCAGACGGAUAGAACGUCUGAAGAUCGUCUCCAAGAAAAAAGCUGAUGCAUGCCACGAACUAAACUAAUAAAUUAAUAAUUUGUAUGACAAUGUAUAUUUAGCCUCGUUCGGGAUAAAAGUUGUUGAAAUUGCUUUUUGGUCGGAUUCAGUCAAAUGGUUCGACUCGUCCAAAGUUCGACUUCUGACCCAACAAACGAUGUUAACUUCAUUUAGGUCCACCCAAAUGGAAAGUUCUCAUGAAAGGUUCGACGUUUGCCCUAGGCCUUAGAGUUAGGAUUGAAGUAACCUUGUUUCUGUCGUUGUUUUAUGUGAAUUAGACUAACAGCGCGGGCCAAAGGUGCAGCAUGUAUAGCUCAUCUGAUGAUGGGAGAUCUUGAAAAAGCGGAGGAAAUAAGGAGGUGAGGAGGACCGUAGGACACUCAUCUUAAAAAUAUUAUUGUUAGGUAUCAAGUAUAUCAUUAUUAUGUUAUGUUAUUUUUUUUUAAGUUAGUGUUUUUUUAAGGUUGAGUUUAAACAUCAGUAGCUGUUUCAGUGCGUGGAGCUGCAAAUAAUUUUUCUCUUUAGAAAAGAACGUCUAUCCGACCAGCAGGUCAUAAGCGUUUUAGACGGACAAACCAGAAAUGUUCGCGAACAGCUUUAUGAUGAGUUUCAAUUGCUUCAAUCACCGUGCAAGUCCGGCUGUUAUCUUAUAUCCUGCCGCAAGUAAGAUAUCGUCGUGGGACAUGGUCAAAGUUUUAGUCGGACAUUAUCCAAUGACCGACCCUUAUUUGCAGCUCUGGACUAUGAUUGUACAAAAAGUAAUCUUAGAUUAUAGUGCGUUCGCUGUUAGAGUAUCCUUUGAUCGAACGUGCAUGGAAAUCGGAAAUAUCUCUUAGAGGAUAAUUUAUUUUCGAAGACGUCUCAAAUUUCAAGCGAACGAAAAAGUGCUCCCUGGCCAAAGGGGUUUCCGUGUUGAGUUAUCAAUAGUUAAAUAUUGAGAAUCAAGAGAUCAUAUAUCUUGUUGAGAAUUAAAUGCAAAGUUGCAUAAAUUACACCGAUAAUGCUAAGUGUGUUACGCAAACAUCGGAAAACUAGCGGCACCAUACUUGCAUGAAAUUCAUUGUUUGCAAAGGCGGGGUUAGUUGUAAAGCAUCACUAAACAGUCCAGAACACCGUUUUUAUUUGUUAGCCACAACGAUUUGAUUAUCCAUUUGUGUGAAUAUCUUAGGUGUCAUGAUAAACGCCUCUUAAGUUAUAAGUUUUACUGGUUCCUUAACUGUCUUUUUUGUUAUUUUUUUUCUCUGUACAGUACACAUGGUAUAGGUGUCCCUCGAUACAGAGUGUUAUCAGAGUUCCUUAAAAGUUACUCUAAACGUGGUGAUGUAGCAAGUAAGUCUUUAAAGUUUGGGCUGAAACUAAGGUGGCCACACCCUGGCAACUCUUCCAACAUGUUGAAUCUGAUGGGUGAUCUCUGGUUAAAAGCGUACAAGUAUAACAUUGUUUUGCGUUAAUUCCUACUUUUUCAUGCAUCGUUCUCUCUAAAGGUGGAUUUCUAUUCUCGUAAUUUUUACUUACGUAAAUGAAAUAAAAAAUAUGUAAAGGGUAGCACGAAAACGUAAAAGUUGAGCGAGGUUCAACUUUUACUUUCACGCGCGACCUUUCAUAUUGCCUCUAUUUUAUUUACGCACGUAAAUUGUACUCGCGUAAAAAUUACGCGACAGACAAAAUGUACCCAAAGGAAGUUCCAUAAUAGCAAUUUUUCUUUUAUGAUUUCACCUAAAGCUUGUGUGUAUUAAAUUGUCAGUAAAUGCACAAGCGCAUACACACACCUCUUUCCUCAGAACAUCGAAACAUGAAUUUUAAAACACGUGGUCUUGUAGUGGGCGGAAUAAAUACAGUAGCAUGCAUGGUUGCCAGCCUAUCCCGCGGUAAAAUGGAUUUCUUUUGCUUUAUUCGUUUUCACCCCGAAGAACGUGAACUUCACAAUGUAUAACACAGAACUACGCAGAAGACAUUCACGAUUAAAUGUUUAAAAUUCCGAGAUCGUAUUACGCCACUAUCCUCUCCCAUCGGUUAACAUAAUUAAUGUUUAUGGUCCCAUCAUUAACAGCAACUUGAGCCUCUCAGUUAUGGGCCCCUUAUUUCUUAAAUUGACCUCUCUUCUUUAUUUACUCUAAAGAGUCGCAGGAAUUAUAUGAGGAACUUAAAGAAGAAAUGAAGAAUCUUACCAUGCCAACCUUUGUCUACAACAGUCUCCUACAUGUCUAUGGAUUCCAUGGUAAAAUGAACAUUUUUACAGUGAUAACUAUUAACUAUAAUAGUGAUGGUAAACUAAGUAUCGUAAUAUGAUAACAACCAAUGCUAGUAUAUUGUUUUGGCCAACCACAGGAGCCGUUAUUAAUGUAAUAAUGAUCCAAUUAAAACUCGGCUCAAUUCCAUCUUGCCGGGCCAAGCGAUAAACAUUUUUGCUUGUAGGUUACCUUCGGUUUUGUUUCUGUUUCUGAUUGAAAAGCGGAACCAAAGGAUUGUGAAGUUUCGCUGGAAUUGUGCAUGAAACAUCCGGCAUGAUCCCAUUUGUUCCGUUGACUGUCGGUUUGUCUAUCAUUGUCUCUCUGUUCAUUUUGUUGGUGGAUGGCUAAUUCCUAAGGCCAAUGAAUAAAAGCAAGUGGAAACCCUUGCAGCCUUUCCUUUUAAACCUGCAACAAUACGUAUCUAAAAUUUUAAAUAAUAUUUAUAAGGAUAUGUAUGGCGUAUCUCAUCAAGGUUUGCCAGAACCUGGCUAUUGAAAAUGUGCAGCCGUUUGAUCAGAAGAAGGCCCAAACAACUUUUAAUAAGUGCUUAAACUGUUGAAUUUUUCAGGUGACAUUGACUCGCAGUGGAAGAUUUUCGAGGAGAUGAAGAAAAACAACGUGGAACCCAAUCAGUUUUCAUACUCGAAUAUCAUCAGAACAUAUUUACACAAGUAAGUAAAAAAUGAACGACGUCAAACGAAAGUUGUAGUUCACAUUGUCUUGAAAGUAAUCAGAAUGGUCUCAGAAUACUUGUAUGGGUCACACUCGCCCUGGGACCACCAAUUUCCGAGGUGCAUCUUUGUAUACUGCGUUCGUUUCAUAGGGGUGUAGAAGCGGUUAAGCUAGGUUUGUGUCCGAGGAAUGCACCGCCUGCUACUCUCUCAACUUAGAACCCCGUGUCAACAUCCCAUCAGCUGUAAUGAUCCCUUCUGUAUCUUUUUGGCAUUCUUCCCGCAGUAAUUCCACGUAGGGAGAUAGCGGCCACACGAGCAACUUUAUCUUAUUUUCCCGAUGGCGGGUGUAUGACCUUACCCCACGGGUAAAAGCUUAAUGUAACCGCAAUCGACUGUUACUUCAGUGGACGUUCUCGUAAGCGGACGAGCUUGGGACGCGAAAAGGGCGUCCGUUUUUUAAUGCUGUUGCUGGUCGCUUAUGGGUUUGGUUCUUUUUUUCGGUCACUAGAGGUGAAGGGGUAAAAUGGCCGCUUGCAGGAGCUUACCCAGCUACAAAUAAACAUUGAAAAGUAAAAAACUGUUUGUUAGUAUAAUUGCUAUACUGUGGAUCUGACAACGUUGUAACCGAGUCACAGGCAUAAAAUCCUAUUGGUCUGUUGAAGUGUAACUGACCUGAAAGUGUCCGCGACCGCUUACGGGAUUGUAAAAAUACAGAGUUUGUAUGGGAAUUGAAAAGUAGAGCUGUCCACUUACGAGAGUAGGGAGCUUAAGCAACUACUACUACGACGACGACGCAACUUCAAAAAACAAUAGGUUUAAUGAUCAAAACAACAGCUCUGUACGUGCAUCACGCUUUUUAGUACAUUCCUUUGACGUCCACUGCACGACUACGACGUGAAACCUCCUAAUUUGACGUUUUAUUGAGCACGUGGACAUACGACGACGAAUUUCCAUUCCUCUUUUUGAACUUGAAUAAAAUCCUUAAGAAUUCAACUCCAGGAAAAGUCUCCUGCAUUUAACAUAUUGAGCGGGUCCAAAUAGACGCGAUUAAGUUUGAAAGAACGUAAAUUCAUUUUUUUAGAGACGUUUUCACUGCCAUCUUCGUCGUCGUUGCCUAAGGUCCCUAGCUAGUGUCCGUUGGAAGAACUUCCACUGUACUACUUGGCAAAUCUAAACAUGGUGGACUAAACAGUCAGGGCUGUCACUGAUGGACGGGGACCGGGGAAUUCCUCUGGCAACUAUGAGCACGACUCCCGGCUACUUAAGAAGGAAUAAAAGCUUCUUCCUAAUUUCUCGCUUACUCUCGCUAAUUACAUAUAUCCGAUUUCAAUACUUGAAAUCAUAGUUACAGCCAUGUAAACUGUUGUGAACCAAAGCUUUUAGAUUCGAGUACUGCUACUCGUUAAGUUUAUUUUUAAGCACGAAAGACUUGUCGGUGGGAUAAUCAUACUUUCCUCCUUCGCAGGGAUGACAUUGAUACGGCAUUGAAAAUCUUUCAAGAUGCGAAGGAACAAGGGAAGUUCAUAUCAGAUGCGACAUGUCUCCUUUUACUUAACUCUAUGGCAAGAACAGGCCAGUUGGAACACUUCGAGAGUGGUAAGCUACAUAUGGGUGCUUUUCGUUUGUGUGGAAAAACUGGUGGUCAUAUAUAGUGACUGACAUCAUCGCGCAAAAUGAGUGGUCAUCGUCGGUCAUUCACAGGGCAGAUGCCCUGGUUAUUCAUGACCGCCGAAGCGGCAAAUGAAAAUGCACGAGCGCUUUGAUUAAGCUCCGAAUAAGAGAAGAAAGGACCACAGUUUGUCCACCAGCGUUAAUAAAACUCAUUUUCGUUACUUUCUCAGCUCCAAAUGGAUGGAACUUUGAAAACGAAUGAUGUGUCUACGAUUUAAGCGAGGGACAAAAGACAAGCGUCUACUUGAUUAAAGGACAUGGCUCUUCACUUGAAAGUUGAUCAAAAAGAAAAUGCUUAUUUCUUGUAUGGAAGCUAAAUUUUGUUCUGCAUGUGUGUAAAAUGUAAAAAUACUUGAGCCUUUGGCAUCUGCUGUGUUUUUUAGCUUUGGAAGACAUCAUGACGAACAGAGUAGCAUCUGCCUACAGCAUGAAAUGGGGUGGAUUAUUGCGUGGUAUAGUGUUCUGUUGCCUUCAUGCUGGAAAGAAAGAUCUUGCCCUGAAAAUCCAGUUGGUAAGCUCUCCUGUCUUAUUUUAGACAACCCCACGGAAAAAUGCUGUCCGGUAAAUUUCGUCUGAAUGAAGCAAAUAGAAUAGCAAAUCCUGUGUUAUGAUGGGCUACCCGAACGGCCAAGAGAGGCCCAUGUUGGCCGCUCGGGAUUUCCCGCGUUGGUCCCGCAAGUGAAAGUUCUGUCUUUGGCCAUAAAAUAAAUACUUUCUUGACCAAGCUUGUUUGGUCAAGAGGGCUGAAUAUUGGCCUUUUGCGUGUUCAUUACCCUGGGCUUCGUCUCGGUUCAUAGAAACCCGAAAUGAACUUGGCCAGUAUCGAGCCAUCUUGACCGAAAAAUCUCGGUCAAUAACGGACAGAUUCAUAAAUGAAGGUAACUUUGUACAGCCUAAUAUAGAGUGACCACUGGAAAACUAGUACUCCUAGUAGUUGUCAAUUCAACGGUCACUCUGUAGGAUUUCAUGUACAUAUAUAGGCUCAAAAGAUAGAAACACCUUAAACAGUACAUGUAUUUCAGUCGUUUUUAUGAUGACACUUCAAAGAUUUAGACAAGUCGCCCUUGCAAACUUUUAACCGGCUUUCCCAUUUUUGCCAGGGGAGCUGUGAAAUGAUUCAUUGAAGAAGAAACAUGCAAGUCCAAGUUAAAAAUUUCAGUACUUCUUCAAAAUUCCUUUCAUGUAUACCUAUUGGCUGUGUACCAGCACGAGAGAUCUCUUUUCUAGAGUAAUGGAAUAUUUAGAAGUCGUUUCCUUUUUGUUGUACGUAGGAACAUGAAGUGCGUUUGGAAAUUCCUGCAUUUGUUGCGUAUGCAGAAAACUCUGCGAAACGAGGAGAGGUAUGCUAGUAUUUAGUUAAAUCGGACAUUACACGUUCUAUGCAACGUGCCAUGAAUUUCCCUCGUUUGUAUGCAACUAUACUUUAUCAUGAUUAUUAAUUAUGGUAAAUUUAUACCCCAUUUGUCUGUGUGUGACGCAGAGGCCAUAGUAAUGUUAUAGGUUCGAAUCCUGUCCGAAAUUCUUUCAGAUUUUUUAUUCUUUGAAAAAUUUGGUUUUGUCACGUUAAUGUUUGUGUAUUGAUUUUUUUCGUUUGGCCUGGCUGGCGAAUCUUCCAUAGAUAAUCUUCAUGCACUCGUUCUAACUUGUCUUGGCAAACAAUUUUAUGUGGUAAAUAGAUUCUUUAAACUGUAUAAACUGUCCAGCGACAUUACUUGUAUUGUUGUCUUGUUUUCCUCUGUAAGGAAUACUAGUCUAUUCGAAGGUAGCGGGUAUUAUAGAGAGUCAAGCUUCUUCUAUAACUUCUUCUCAAUUUCCUUUUUUUAAUUGUCCCUAGGUUGACGCUGUAUUGAACGCAAUAGAAUUCUUUAAAGAAAAUGGUAUUAACCCUGCAGCAUUGUAUCUACCCCUUAUCAAGGCGUACGGUAAGUCAUAUUAGGCAUCUGUACCACAACGAUGCAUGAGACCCUCUCUCUUUUGCUUUAUUAAGAGGGUGAUAUAUAUGUUGUGAUUCAAUUUUUUCAUUGGUUUAAAUUUUCUUUUCUUUUGUUUUAGGGUAUGGUAAUGUAUGAUAAUGAGUUUGAAACAAAAGAAAAGAAAAUUUAAACCAAGGAUAAAAUUGAACCACAACGUAUACGGCAAAAACCGAUUACUUGACCCUGCCUGUAGAUGGGACUCCGCAAAUGGAUGAAGCCAUCAAUUAUAUAAAUAACGCUACAAAGGCUAGCGCGGUAAAGAAGUUAAGUGUCGCGCUCAACGGAGCUCGUCCUUUCGAAAACAGAGGAUGUGCCGGGAACGAAAGUGUCGCUUAUUUUGUAUGUGGAUGUUUUCUCCGGUAAUUUUGAACUUCCGUAAAGUGAGAGCUUCCUCUUUUAUUUGAUCGCCUGAACAUGUUCAACGGAAAAGCCCCUUGUGUAUUGUCAUGCCUCCCAUACACGUACUAAGUAGCCUCUCUUUGUCUUCGCGACUUUACUUCUUUGGGAAUAAAUGUUUGGUAGACGUAGGAGGCGCGCCAUUAAAGGUGUCUACCUAAGGCACAUUUGGUGCAAAGUUUGCUUCCCAAGAUCGAAAUGCCCCUUAAGAUAGUUGUUUAUGUUACAUGAUACCACUUUAGCUCGUGUUUGCAAUUUUCCGAGUGCGAUUUAAGCAUUGAGCGUUUAUGCAGGUAUGUAAAAGUACUUUUAACUUGUCAAAACUAGGAGGAUUCUUGCUCCUUUUUGUUUUAACAAGAAGGCUCUUAGUGAUCUUUAUAUUCGAGGUCGAGGUUUGACCAAUUGUUUUUUUCGCGUAUUCUCCAAAAAAAUAGACACCCUGAAAAGCUACAUUUUUUUACCAGAAAAGUUAAGACGGUAAUAUUUUAUUGAAGGAGGUUAAGCCCUCGCCCGAUCGCGAAAAUGAUAAAACUGUUAACAUUUGAUAACUUGUUUCGGUCACAACAACCUUCUCGCUAAAACCCGUAGUAAAAAGACUGCAACUGCCAUUUUUUCCCCGCCCGAAUAGAGAGUUUUAGAUCCGAGUUUACUGCAAACCUCUAACCGCUGGAGGUCACGUGACAAGUCUUUCGCGUCAUGUUAGAGGUUUACGACGUGCGUUUUCAACGUGGGGAGGUAAGUUUUCACGUAGGUCAUUUACCUGAAAGCUUUUAGCGUAUAAUUCUUGUUUUAUCUCACGUGAUGAUACAAAAAUCUUGUGGAGCAAGUCUUUAUCCAUUAACAGAGGCACAAAUUCGGGCGAAAAGCUAAAUUUGAUCAAUCCUAUUGGAUCUUGAAAACAAGUGCCAUUCAUGGCUGCUGAUUCAAAAUGGCGGCCGUAAAUUCAGUGCAAGAAGAACUAAUGUAAGAAUUUACAGCUCUUUGCUGCUAGAUAACCCAGUGUUACCGUAAAUUUCUUUUAUUUUCACUGAUUGAUAUUUCUUCUAUUUCUAAAUGGAAAAAUAAACCAGAAUCCAAUUUUUUAAUCCACCGCCAAUCUAAAUCGAAUUAUGUUUGAACGUCGAACCGCAAACGGGUAACCGCAAACCGCGGUUAGAGGUUCGCGGUAGACUCCGAUCUAAACCUCUCUAAUGACGCUGACUGACGUGCUUGAACUACUUGUUAUUGAUAAAAUCUCGUUCUCGUAACGACCAAGACAAUUGACCAAGUUAGAAAUCCUGCACUGACUGAAUAGUGUCGCAUUCUUCAUGUUAGAUGCGCGAAAAGACCCUGCAUCUGCUAAGGCCUUGUAUGAUAAGUUGGUUGCCGAGGGGGUGGAACUUGACGAAUCAUUUCUGCAGAAUCUUAAUCACAUCCUGCUGAAGUAUUCAGAAACAGUGCCAUUUGAGGUACCUACACAGACAAGCUCGCCGUCAGAGGUACGUAUUUGUCAUCCUUGAUCUAGGUCCCGUCAUAAAUGUUCUUUGUACUUAAAGCGACACAGUCAGCUUUGAGACCGUGCUGACUUCGACACUAUUUUUGCCACUUUGAAAAGAGUUAACCUUAACCCGAUAUCAAAGGUACGCGUGGGAUACAUCUAGAAAUCCGCUUUAAUCUUGCCUAGCGUUUCAUUCGAACAAUUGAACAACUUAACAUUUAAAACUGACUCUUGCCUCGUUUGCUUUAGAGGCUCGCAGAGUAGUUUUUCUCUAGUUGAAUUUUGUAGGAGAAACAAAAACCCACCAGAAAUAUUAGUACGGCUUGAGUAGUAAUUUGACAUUGCAAAGAGACGUAGUGCUGAAUGCACUCUCCACCCACCAAUGCUGCCCAGGUUCCUUGAAUCCCAGAGGUUAUGACAUAAUGUGGCUUGAGUUUACUGUUGGCCUUUUUCCUUGCUCCGAGAGUGUUUUCAGAGGUGCUGUACAGCCCUGUACAUUACUGUUUCUUCCUUUCUUCAAAAACAACAUUUCUGAAUUCCAAUUCUGCUAUUUAUUCUUGUUUUGAAUUCUCAAUUGUUUUGCUUUUUCAGACACAAACUCUUGACAGUGACUCCGAAAACUUAAACGAAGACGAAGAAAGUAAUGUGCUGGAAGACAUCAAUAAAGACAUCCAAAAGGUAAUCAAACUCCCUAGGGCUGCGAAAAAUUUUCUAGCUUUAUAUCAACAGAAAUAACAAAUUUUUGCUUUUCCGAAAAAGUGAAAAAUGCUUCGUCCUUUUUGGUGGACGCGCUGAUUUCGGAUUAUCAGCUUACGGCAUAGCGAUAUUGCUGAAGUUUAACUGUGGAACUGAAUCGUUUCACUCUCGUGUCGUCGAUGCGACUACUAGCAGUUCAGGCGUUCAGAUAUUGGGGCGGCUCAGAGAGAAGUGAACAGCCGCGCCAAUCUCCACUAUCUGAACGCCUUAAAACAGGCUAGAACCUAGGUCGUUGUAUAUCUCUAGAAGUUAAUAGGAUCAAAUGCGCGAAACAACUGUUGCAUUAAAUGUAAGCUAAAAUGGAAUAGUAAUUAAAGCUAAAAAGUAAACAACGCUCAAAAUUUAAUUAUAAACACUAAAUAUAUUACAUAGUAGGUUAAAAACAUUACACAUCUAAAGCUAGUCUAAAAAGAUGCGUUUUAAGGAAAGAUUUAAAAUUUAAAAAAGCAUUUUAAGGUGUUCCGAAUUUCCUCCUUAUGAAGAUAGAUCUUUAUAGAUUAGUCUGUCUGAAAUGACAAAAUCAACAACGCUAGCGUCAUUUCAGACUGGUUAUACUAGAACUUCUAUUCUCAUUUAAAUAUAACUCACUUUGUCCUGAAGGGUUUUGUACCUUCCCUUAUUUGACAAUGACAAAUAGUCCAGAAUCGGGUAAAUUCCAUGGGAUUGUUUUUGUCGGCCUGCUGUUGUAAAUUUGUAAUUCUUAUUUUCAGGAAGAUGACUUGAAGUGAUUUUCAAACUCAAAUGACCAGAAUGAGAACAUCAUCUGAUCUGUAUAAUGGUCAUUUAACAUGUGUUCAACAAGCCACCUUCAGAACGACGCUUCCUUCGACACGGUUUUGCUUGGAUGGAAUCUCCCUUACGCCAUAGACUACUGCUUCUUUACGGACGCACAAGUGGUUUAGUUUUUACAAUGAAGUGCUCCACAUUGAACAUUAAAAGCGUACAAUUUAUUCCGCAAGAAAAGAGCUUAAAACUAAUUUUUGUUCUCCUGGAAAAUUCGGGGUUUUAAAUCUGUUGGCCCAGCUACCGUGGAACCUCGAUUUAAAGAAUCGCUAUAUAACGAACUCCUCGAUAUAACGAACGAUUUUCUUUACCCCAAUAAUAGUCACAAAUAUGAAAAAGAACUUCGAUGUAACGAAACCUCGUUAUAGCGAACUAAGUUUGGCCCUUCGUUAUAUCGAGGUUCCAUUGUACUAAGAUAGGUUUUUCAAAACGUUGAUGACCAGUUAGGUUUCAAUCAUCAAAUCUAGGGAAAACAUUAGCUCAGAAUUGAUGUUUGUUUCGAGGUAAACUGUUCUCAGAGGUUUGACAUAUUUAUUGGAUAAGUUUGUUUCGGAUUCUGAGGACUGAAGUUAGAGUAAAGCACAAAGUAGAACGCAUCGCGUGCAGCUCUCGAGUGCGCCUUUCACGCAUCCUCGUUCUUUGUAUUUUACGUUAGGGACCUUACGAUCUGAUAACAGUGACGCCAUUGAAAACGUCUGAAAAACUGACUUACCGUCCUUUCAAACUUUUUCGCGAUUAUUCAAACUCGAUCAGUCUUCUAAAAGUUGGCAAAUUAAGCUUUGAGCUGAAGAGAAAAGACCGCUUUCAAACUCAGAAAGAUACAGUGAGAUCUAUCCCUUUCACGUUCGAAAGAGAGCUUAAAAUUUGGUCAUUUGUGGUCGUGGUUGUGCAGGGACGGCAACAAAAUUGACAGAAAAGCGUGAUGCGUGAUGCAUAUACAGAGUUGUUGUUGUUGUUCGUCUGUUUUUAUUUUUGACGUUCUCGUUGCCGUCGCCGUCGUAGUUUCGUAAGGUCCCUAACAAAUAAAAUAAUUAGCUGAGAACGCGUUUGCUAUCAAUUUUGUGUUCAUGAAUUAAAGAGAUCGUUUAGAGAAAACAAAAAAUGCUUAAAUUGUAGUUUAUUGGCCAGCUUUAUCCAAAGGAUUCAAAGCAAUUCAAAUUUCGAUUUCCACAUUUCUCACGGCGCGGGGUGUCACCCACACAUCCUUAAGAAGAUUCUAUUAAUAAAAUACUUUCCAUAGUCGUUGAACCUUCUUUAGUACACAGGACAAAACUGUUCUGGAUUGACGUUUUAUUAUACAGAAAUAAAGCAAGCCAAGUAACCUCAAUUAUUUAUGUUUUUUACUUUUGAACUUUAUUAAAUCUCACCAUGGAAAAAUAUUCUCUUGUUGAUCACGGAAGGAGGGCUUGCGUUACGGCGAAAUCACAAAAGUUUGCAAAAUCAACGUGAUUUCUCAGAAAAAAGAAUCACAACACGAAGUGUUGUUAUGUUAAGAAUAUCGUGACGUGUUUGUGAAUGUUUUGAAAAGAAUUCGACUGGAAACGGAGGAAAAACUUAAGGACAGUCUACAACUUAUUUGACCACUGAAAUACGGCACUUUUUUUCAGACUUCUGUCGUCUUAAAACUCUUCUGGCCACUAGAUCGAUCGACCUAAUUGUAGAGCGGUCUUCCAUUUGUUUUGCAGAUGGCGGCCUGUUGCUCGAGCUUCGUACCAGCCACGAAAUGCAGCUGUGUUAAAGCGCAAAGCGCAGUCGGCCAAGAACUUCAGACACUGAUAUUUCGGCCUCUCGAAUAGUUGCUGGACCUUAUUUGUCCGUUCUUCUCCUAGGAGCUUGCCAUUUCCUCACGUUCUGUUGCACAACAGCUUGAAACAACUUUGUUGGAUUUGCCUCGUGGCCCUUCGGUGGAAGCAUUACAACUUGAAUAUUUGACGCCUGAUGUAUCAAAGGAUCGUAGUGCUGCAUGUCAGUAACUCGCUUCAAGUUGUCUUUGCUGCAAAAUUAAUAUUUGGAGACGACAAUCUAGCACGACAACACUUCGUUCUUAGAAAUCACGUGAUUUUGCAUACCUUUGUGAUUUCGUUACUAAGUUUGGAAAUGUUUCUCCAUGUGUGGAAUUUAAUAACGUUUAAAGGACAAAAAUGUCAUUAAGGUUCCUUGGCUUAUUUUAUUUUUGUAUAGUAAAUCGUUAAUCCAGAACGGUUUUGUCCAGUGUACUGCUUGGUCAUUGAACUGGUCUUGUUUUUGCGUACAAAGAUUUGAGAAUGUUUUCUUUGUAAAGACUUGUUGUAUGAUCGCCUUCUAGUGAAGGAAUAACUAAGACUUCGUCUGUGUCAACCUCGUUUCCUAGCAUCUUCCAAAUUUGGUCAACGCCGUUUGGUUAUGAAGAAUUACCCGGGGAGCUUUGAACCAAUCAGAAACGACGAGUAUUUUGAAUGAAUAAUUGGUAGCGGAGGGUUCAAAAGUCUUCAGCGAUUCUGGCCUUACUUGAUGGCUUUGAGGAGCUGCAUCUCGAUUCAGUAAGCUUGAGUAAUUAUAUUGCAUUUGAUAUUUGUUUGUUUUUUUCUUGUUUAAUAAAUUCGAGCGUUGUUUAUGCCGUUUUACGCACGUUGGUUAAGAUUUGAGACAAUGAUCUAGCCUAGUACAAAACUUAAAAAAGUCUUUAGACAUUUUCUGACCGCGACUAGAAAGAAAACGUGUUAAAGUAUAUUUAGUCAUUGGUUGUAAAAAGAAAGCUUUGAGCGAUAUUCUUGCCUCGAGUUCAUAUUGAAAAAGAGCAAACACGGCGAAGCCGGCUUAAAACUUUAGCUAAAAUCUGCAAGGUUUUAUUCAUGACUCAGGAUUUUCAGGGACACGUCACUCUCAAUACAUGUCUUCGUGAAUAGAAAUUUCUGUCCAUUUAAAUGUUUCAUUGAAUUAUAUUUCUUGUCUUCGUUGUUUGUCAAGGUCUCUUUCUUAUCGCUUUGCCGGUUGUUUUCAGUCGUGCAUGAACAUAGCAUGCAGUACUCAAAAAUGCCGCGUGUAUCAUGUGGUGCUAAAGAUUAUGGUGUUUUAGAAGUAAAAUGCAAACGAGAAUGAUUCCAAAAUCUCUUCCUACUAGGAGAAAUAAAUACUUCUUUUAUUUUGAAGCAUAACUCUAUUACCGCGUACUAUUCAUUCAAACACCUGACAGCUCGCAUUGCAAGUUCGGCGCUCUGCAAAAUUCAGAAGUGGCUGUCCGGACGGGUGAUUUUGGAAAUUGGAGAAAAUAUGAUUUUUCGAAAGUUUUUGCUUAAAGCCCAUUAUUACCCUGCUUACUACAUAAUGGCAGAUUGACUUGACUGAACAGUCCCGCCUAAAAGUGAAUUCUCUAUAUGAAAAUGUUUUACGUUGUUGUCAUUUUAUAAUUUGUUGAGCAAGGGAAG